CCGCACUGGGGCCGGCUUCUGGCCAUGGCUGGGGCUGCCCCGACCCCGGCCUUCGGGCAGGUGGUGAUCGGCCCGCCAGGCUCGGGGAAGACCACGUACUGCCUGGGCAUGAGUGAGUUCCUGCGCGCGCUGGGCCGGCGCGUGGCUGUGGUGAAUCUGGACCCGGCCAACGAAGGACUGCCGUACGAGUGCGCCGUGGACGUGGGCGAGCUCGUGGGGCUGGGCGACGUGAUGGACGCCCUGCAGCUGGGGCCCAACGGCGGCCUGCUCUAUUGCAUGGAGUACCUCGAGGCCAACCUGGACUGGCUGCGGGCCAAGCUCAGCCCCCUCCGCGGCCACUACUUCCUCUUCGAUUGCCCUGGCCAGGUGGAGCUCUGCACGCACCACGGCGCCCUGCGCAACAUCUUCUCCCAGAUGGCGCGGUGGGACCUCAGGCUGACUGCUGUCCACCUGGUCGAUUCUCACUACUGUACGGACCCGGCCAAGUUCAUCUCAGUCCUGUGCACCUCCCUGGCCACCAUGCUACACGUGGAGCUGCCCCAUGUCAACCUCCUCUCCAAGCUGGACCUCAUCGAGCACUAUGGGAGACUGGCCUUCAACCUGGACUACUAUACAGAGGUUCUGGACCUCUCCUACCUGCUGGACCACCUGGCCUCUGACCCAUUCUUCCGCCACUACCGCCAGCUCAAUGAGAAACUGGUGCAGCUCAUUGAAGACUACAGCCUGGUCUCCUUCAUCCCUCUCAACAUCCAGGACAAGGAGAGCAUCCAGCGAGUGCUACAGGCUGUGGAUAAAGCCAAUGGCUACUGCUUCGGGGUCCAAGAGCAGCGCAGCCUGGAGGCCAUGAUGUCUGCCGCAAUGGGAGCCGACUUCCAUUUCUCCUCGUAUCCUUGCUUUCGGGCCUACCCUUUUCCUGGCCCCAGCCAAGAGGUGUCCUCCUUGACAGGCUGUCCUGCAGCACACUGGGCAUCCAGGAGAAGUACCUGACACCCUCGGACCAGCCAGUGCAGCAGGAAGCCAGGCAGCUUUAAGCCACAGCUGGGCCCUGAGCUCAGGACUCACCCUACAGCCUGGGGCACAGAAGCUCCUGGCGGAGUGGACAGCCCAGCAGGCUACAGAACCAAGAGCCAAUCCUACCUGCCAGAAGUGGGGGAAGCAAGGAGACAGUUCUGUAAAAAGCGACUGGCAAGACAAAGCCAAACAGCCCUGAGCAGAGAGCCCACCCAGGCCCUUGGAGGCCUCGUGAGCUCUGGGCCAACCUACAGCGCUGGCCCGCCCCAGAUUGGCUUCAAUACAAGAGUUUAUACUUCUUGUGGCUUCCAGACUUUUCCUUCCGCAUCCAAGCCCAGGGGAUUGGGACAGAACAAGGAGCAUCUCUCCCCUUACCUGCAGGGGCCACCUUGCCCGCCCUCGUGGCUGGCUUCUACACGAGCGUCGUGUGUGCCCCAGGACAGCUGCUGGCAGAGCAAGGGCCCUCCAGCCCGUGUGUGCAGUCCUUCCUCCUCCGCGUCACACUGUCUGUCCACCUAGAGCUCCCCACAGCACUUCACUCGCACCCACUAUUUAUGUGACACUUCCUCCAAACAAAGUUUCCAUUAUUGUGCUGAUUAAAAGCUUACAUUAAAUACGAA